AUGUGUGGCACGAUUUCUGCUGUCAAGUAUCUGUAUAAGUAUAUUUACAAAGGACCCGACCGCGCUCGCAUCAGCAUCGAAGGCGGAGGAGACACGGAUGCAAAUAACAAUGUCGAUGAAAUCAGGCAGCACCUCAACACUCGAUACGUGUGUGCUCCUCAGAGUAUUUACCGAAUUUUUGGGUAUACAAUGCAGGACAAAUCUCACACGGUCUGCCGGCUAGCCGUGCAUCUGCCCGAAUUUCAGACAGUUCACUUCGUCCAAGGUCAGGAACAACAAUAUUUCGAGCGGGCUCAACAAUCUUUUACUACUCUCACAGCGUUUUUUGAAUUGAAUAGACGGUGUAAUGAGAUGUAUGAAAAUGGAUUGCUUGCUGAUUUUCCAAUCGAUGCUCGAAAUAUCUAUUACUAUCAAUUCCCAGAAUAUUUCACAUUCGAUGUUCGUAGGGGGUGGACCCCGAGAAGGCGAGAAGGGAAGCAGAACAUUGGGAGAAUGUUUACAGUAUCGCCUCUCGAUACGGAACGUUACUGUUUGCGAGUACUCCUUCUAAACACCAAAGGAAAAACGUCUUUCGAAGAUAUGCGAACAGUCGACGGUACAAUCUACGAGUCGUUUGCAGAAGCAGCGAAGGUUGCCGGGUUCUUGGACGAUGACAGGUAUUUUCGACAAAGCCUACAGGAAGCAGCUCACUACCAGUCCGCACCAGCAAUGAGAAGUUUUUUCGCCUGCCUCCUGUGCUUUUGCGAAGUAAUGCAGGCACAAGAGCUAUGGGAGGAGUUCGUUGAUACGAUGCUGGACGACUACACCAACCAAGGAGUCGAUCGAGAUCGUGCUAUCGCUAUGGCUUACUUCGAUGUCUUAGAUCGAGUAGCUUUGAUGGGUAGGGACUUACGGCAAAUUGUGACUCCCCCCACUACAGAACGCCCAGUUGUACCAACGGUGCAGAUGGAUCAUGCAAAUUAUGAGAGGAUCGGGUUGCGUCAGUACGAAACCCUCAACGUCAAACAAAAGGAAGCAGCGGAUGAAAUCCUUGAUGCGCUCGACAGAUCUCAGAAUAAAUGCAUUUUCGUUGACGGUCCAGGCGGAAGCGGCAAGACAUACUUAUACAGCACGGUGUAUAACAUAGCUGUUGGGAGGAGACGUCGGGUACAGUGCGUAGCCUGGACCGGUAUAGCUGCUAACUUGCUUCCGGGAGGACGAACUGUAAAUUCUGUCUUCAAGUUGAAUAUUGCCGAUGGAAAUCGAACUUCUUCAAUGAGACGACAGCAAAAAGAAGCUAAGCACCUUAUGGAGACCGACAUCAUCAUUUGGGAUGAAAUUCAAUGGCACCUCGAACUGCUCUCGAAGCAGUCGACGUUCUCCUUAGAGAUCCUUAUGCAGGUGGACACCCCUUUUGGCGGUAAAGUGUUUGUUAUUGGCGGUGAUUUUCGACAGAUCCUGCCAGUAGUUGAACACGGUCAACGGGAAGAUAUUGUUGAGGCAUGUGUUUUGAAGUCUUUCCUCUGGCCAAUUUUUCGAAUUCAUCGACUGGAGAUAAACAUGAGAGCACGUGCUGCAGGCAGCGACUGGCGUGAACGACUUCUUGAAAUUGGUGGCGGAGAGUCUAACGACGAAGAAGGUCGCACAACGAUUCCAGAAGAAAUGAUGUGCACGACAGACAUUGUUAGUGAAGUUUUCGGUGAGAUUCUCGAUCCAUCGACUACUUCAGAGCUCUGCGAAAACGCCAUAUUGGCGCCCAAAAACGUGCACGUCCAGCGCUUGAACGACGAUGCUCUUCUACGUCUGAGCGUAGACAGAGCCCAAGAUGAGCGUAUUUAUAAGAGCAUCGACGAAGCGGUCUAUCCAGAAGGAGAGUCUCGACAGCUGUUCCAGAUGGAGUACUUGAAUUCCCUUACUCCCACAGGCUUGCCACCUCAUGAGUUGCACCUUAAAAAGGGUGCAAUAGUGAUGCUGCUCAGGAAUCUGGAUGUGGCAAAUGGACUAUGUAAUGGGACGCGCCUCAAAGUGGAAACACUCGGACGUCGAACUUUAGCAUGCAAGUUCAUCUGUGGAGAGCGAAUAGAUCAACUGGCUAUCAUUCCAAGAAUAGACAACUACUGGGAUCAAAGAAUACCUUUCCGGCUUCGUCGUCGCCAGUUUCCUGUGCGCAUAGCCUUUGCUAUGACGAUCAAUAAAGCCCAAGGACAAUCAUUUAACAAAGUUGGUGUAUUCCUCCCAGAAGACGUCUUCUCCCACGGACAGCUCUAUGUGGCGCUCUCCCGCGCAAGAACUCCUGAUGGCAUAAGAGUGAAAUCUCCCUCGAAUAGGUUGAAGAAUAUAGUGUUUGACGAAGUUCUGUUUUGA